GAUUUUUCUUGUUCUUUUUCAUAACAGUGCCCAUUAGCAGAACUACUACUCCCAGCUAGCCUGCAUUAAACACCUACCACACUGGCUGGCACAGUAAUGGCAUGCUGUGGCAUUGUUAUGGAGUACUGUGGUGGCUUAAUUAGGUUGGCAUUCUAGGGCAGCAGACACUUGAGAGGUAGAAGAAAAAAAGCCCCAGAAGCGUUGUUUACCAGGCGGGCUCCUCUACAGGUUCACCAAUCCAGUUUUGGAAUGAGAACCCCACAAAGCCCCUCACAUGACUAUUCCCGUGAAGGAAGACAAAGUGAAAAUGUCCGUCCAUUACCUCUCUCCGGUCAUGUGGGAUUUGACAGUUUACCAGAUCAGCUAGUCAAUAGAUCAGUCCACCAAGGGUUUUGCUUCAACAUACUAUGUAUAGGAGAAACUGGAAUUGGUAAAUCAACAUUGAUCAACACCUUGUUCAAUACCAACUUUGAAGAAAAUGAAUCCAGCCAUCUUGAACCUUCAGUAAAGUUAAAAGCGCAAACUUACGACCUUCUUGAGAGCAAUGUGCGCUUGAAGCUGACUAUUGUGAAUACAGUGGGCUUUGGGGACCAGAUAAACAAACAAUCCAGCUACAUGCCCAUUGUCGACUAUAUUGACACACAGUUUGAAGCCUAUUUACAAGAAGAGUUAAAGAUAAAAAGAUUAUUGUAUAAAUACCAUGACACCCGCAUUCAUGUGUGCCUUUACUUCAUUGCUCCCACUGGACAUUCCCUUAAAUCUCUUGAUCUCAUAACCAUGAAGAAACUAGACAGCAAGGUGAACAUCAUACCUGUCAUUGCUAAAGCAGAUGUGAUCUCAAAGUCUGAAUUACAAAAGUUCAAGACAAAGCUGAUGAGUGAGUUGGUGAGCAACGGGGUGCAGAUUUACCAGUUUCCAACAGAUGAUGAAACCAUCAGCAAGCUGAAUUCUUUAAUGAAUACACAGCUUCCUUUUGCAGUGGUAGGGAGUAUGGAGGAAGUUAAAAUUGGAAACAAAAUGGUCAAGGCUCGGCAGUAUCCAUGGGGUAUUGUGCAAGUGGAAAACGAGAACCAUUGCGAUUUUGUAAAAUUGCGUGAAAUGUUGAUUUGCACUAACAUGGAGGACUUGAGGGAACAGACUCACAACAAGCAUUACGAACUAUACCGUCGCUGCAAGUUGGAGGAAAUGGGAUUUCAGGAUAUGGGUCCUGGAGAUAAGCCAGUAAGUUUGCAAGAAACAUAUGAAGCAAAACGCCAAGAGUUCUUUGAGGAACUGCAGAGGAAGGAGGAAGAGAUGAGACAGACCUUUGUGCAAAGAGUAAGAGAAAAGGAGACCGUGUUGAAAGAAGCGGAGAGAGAGCUUCAGAACAGAUUUGAGCAGCUGAAGAGACUUCAUCAUGAUGAAAGAACGAGUCUAGAUGAGAAAAGGAAAGAGUUACAGGAGGAAAUAAAUGCAUUUAACAAACGUAAGGCAGCAGCGGAGCUCCUACAAGGACAAGCGUUUGGAACCGUUGCCAACACUAGCUUGAAAAAGGACCGCAAAACGUUCAUGUGAUUGGACAGCCCUGCUAUGAUACUGCGGAAGUGGGCCUGUGUUUUCAUUUUAUUUUUUUUAUUUUUUU